AUGGAGGAUACACCUGGAGGCAAGACAGUGACUCAACUAGCCAAGGUGAUGCAACUUCCUCAGGGAGCACUGGAGAUGCUUCAGCGUGCUGAACAAGACUAUCUAGACCUAAACGAAGAUGACGACGAGGCUUUUGACUAUGAAAAUGUCAAGCGUGAGAUUGAGAUGCAAAGCCAGCUCCUGCGUGAAAGUAUGCUGCACCCACCGUCAAUGAGCGGUCCAAACGCUUCGUUACCGGCAUCGAAUCCAAUAAGUGCUGCAUUCGACUUCUGUGCAUCGCAAAACGCGUUUGAAAACAGCCAAAACAUGGUCACGACGCUCAGCUUUGUCGACGGGACACUUGUACAGUCACAGUGUAGUUUGUCCAGGGCAAUGUCGCAUCCUUGCAAGACAGAAGAAUUCAUGCAGGUAAAAACAGACACUUCGACCUCGCCACCGACCUCAUUAGCUCUACAGGCAUGUGAUGUACCUGCGUCGGAAAUUACACGGUCAAAAAGUGCUCGAGAAAUCAUAGAGGCAUCACCCCCCGCUGUUUUUGACGACCCAACUUUUGGGCGACCGAUUUAUGAGCCCGACCAUAACGCGGGUGUAUGCGGCGUAUGUUACAAGAAAUUCUCGAUGUUUCGCAAGAAAUACCAAUGCAAGGGUUGUUACACAUAUCUAUGUAAAAAGCACGUGGCUGGUAAAGUUAUGCUAUCAGAUCAAUCUAAAAAGCGCUCAGUGUGUGGUGACUGCUACCGAGUUUACCGCAGUGGUCCAAUGUCAGCAAAUACGCCGCCUGGGAGUGUUUAUACUAGUGUACAAGCCGAUAGCACCUCCGGAAGCUGCAUGUCUGGAACUGGUCCGUCCUUUGGUAAGAUGGGCUCAAAUUGGCGGUCUAUGAUACCGCAACCGGUGGCGGCAACAAUAUCUGCAUCAUCGACCGUGGUUGAAGGAACGGAAACGAUUGGUGCCAACGCUAACAUACUUUUCAACAACCGCCUAAGCACUCCGCUGAGAUCUCGUGGGAACAGCGUCCGCACGGCUCGUGCUGAGUCUACGCAUUCAAUGCUGGGCCGGUCGUCGAACGUUCCAGGACCUAAAUUGACCCUGCGUUUCAGCACUAGUGGUGCUGGUACGCGACCCAAUCGAGUACCAAGUGUAAGCCGAACGCACUGUACUAAUCCCGCUAUCAGUGAUACGGCCGUCAGUCUUACGAAUAGCGACAAGCAAGCAAGUAAUGUGUGUGCUCUCCAACAUCGCGUUGCAUCCCUGGAGGAGUGCAACAAGCUACUGAUGAGCCGUGUUUCUGAACAGGAGAAACAAUAUGACGAAGCAAUGUUGCUUUUAACGACAACGAUGACUCGUGUAGCAGAAUUGGAAAUGCGUCUGCCGAUGGAGCAAAAUAAAUCGUAUGGAGGAACCGGAGGUUCGACUACUGCGUCGGAAAGGGCUUCUGAAGUGGAUAAUGGCGAGAAGUUUUCUUUUGCAAUGCCAUUUAUGGAGAAAUACGAUUAA